CCCCCUCCACUCUCGACUCCCCAGCGAGCGAGCGAGCCAGCCCGGCCAAAGUUGCCGAACCCCGAGCCAAAAGCAGCCGCCAUUAUUGGCGCUGCGCCACCUAAAGCCGGCCGCUGCUUUGCUGCUCAAAAGCUCCGGCGCCGGCGACGCUGCCAGAUGGGUGCCGAGCGCGCGCGGCGCUGGAAGCUGCUGCCCUUCCGGUCCCUGUCCCUGCCGCCGCCGCCGCCGGCGUCCAGGGCAAAGAACUGGCCACCGGACGCUCCUGUCCCUCCGUCCCCGGCGAGGAAGAAGGCGGAAGAGGAGGAGGUGCCGGCGGAGUUCCUGUGCCCGGUCCUGGGCAAGCCCAUGGCGGACCCCGUCAUCCUGCCGUCGGGCCGGACGUACGAGCGUGCGUGCGUCCGGGCCUGCGCCGAGCUGGGCCUCUCGCUCGCCCCGGACGCAGUGGUGGCGGGGGAGGGGAGCACGCCGCGCGGUGGUGUUGCCGUCGCCAUACCCAACGACGCGCUCCGGGCGGCCGUGCGGACGUGGUGCGCGCGCUCCGGUCGCGCGGCGCCCGUGGCGCCUUCUGCCGAGGAGGCGAGGGAGGCCGUGCUCCGCGCGGUGCCGGCGGCGCCGGCGCCGGCGAGGUCGGCUUCCAACCUGUCGUGCUCGUCAGAGAGGUCGUCCGCUGCGUCGACGUCGUCGUCGUCGACGUCGGGCAGGUCGUCGAGGGAGAUGGCCGCGGCUGAGGUUGAGGUGGUGCGCGGCGGGAAGGGGGCGGCGAAAGAGAAAGAGGAAGAAGAGGAGCCCGUGCGUGUCGCUGACGCGGAGGAGGAGGCGGUGGCCAAGGCGGUGGAGGCGGGGGACGAGCGGGAGGUGGAGGCGGCGAUGGCCGCGCUGCGGCGCGCCACGCGGGAGGACGCGGCGAGGCGGCGCGCGCUCUGCGUGCCGCGCCUCCUCGCGGCGCUCCGGCGGGUGCUGCUCUCCUCGCGCCACACAGCCCCGGCGCGCGCCGACGCCGCCGCGGCGCUGGCGAACCUCUCGCUGGAGCCGGAGAACAGGGUGCCCAUCGUGCGCGCGGGCGCCGUGCCGGCGCUCGUCGACGCCGUCGCCUCCGCCGCCGCGCCGCCGGAGGCCCGCGAGCACGCGGCCGGCGCGCUCUUCGGCCUCGCGCUCCACGAGGGCAACCGCGCGGCCAUCGGCGUGCUCGGCGCCGUGCCGCCGCUCCUCGCGGUCCUCGCGGGCCGCGAGCACACCCCGCGCGCGCGCCGCGACGCCGGGAUGGCGCUGUACCACCUCUCUCUCGCCGCCGUGAACCAGUCGAAGCUCGCGCGCGCCCCGGGCGCGUCCAGGAGCCUGCUCUCCGUCGCGUCCGACGCCGCCGAGCCGGCGCCCAUCCGCAGGCUGGCGCUCAUGGUGGUCUGCAACGUGGCCGCCUGCGCGGAGGGUCGCGCCGCGCUGAUGGACGCGGGCGCCGUGGCGACGGCGUCCGGCAUCCUCUCCGACGACGGAUCCCGCAACUCGGAGCUGCAGGAAUGGUGCGUCGCGGCAUUGUACGCCAUGAGCAGGGGCAGCCCGCGGUUCCGGGGGCUCGCCAGGGCGGCCGGCGCGGACCGCCCGCUGAUGCUCAUCGCCGAGCAGGCGAGGCCCGGCGUUCACAAGGACAUGGCGCAGACGGCGCUGCGCACAGUGCUGGGCCUGGCCGACAACAGCGAUGACGACCAGAUCUCCGAGUGCAGGAACAACGAGGGCAACCAUGGCGGCGGCAAGCAGCCUCACCGCCGGCGCGUGGCGAGCUGGAGCGCUCCGCCAGCCGCGACGCCGACAAGCUCACAUCAAUGGCGAUCCGUGUGCAUUGAUUAAUUGGCGUUCACCUGCUACAUGAUGCGGGGAGACAUGCUUUGUUCGAUCAUCGGGUUGAAAUCUUGCCGUGCUUUUCUUCUUCUUGCGGUCCGUCGUUCUGGGUCAAUCGUGCAGUGAAUUGGAGAUGAAAAACUAGAGACAGGUUGUGCAGAUGGCAUGUAGUGCAAUUUGUGCGCGCUUUGUACUCUGUAGUGUACCGCUAUAUACUGUACUGUACUGCUGCUUAUUUUGUUCUUAUUACGACAGCCAAACUGUAUAUAGGUUGUUGCUUGCAAGU